AUGGACACCGCGCACCUACUACUCAUCCUGCUUCAUUCAACUGCCUUCAAAUACCAGCCUGACUUUCCUCUCCCUGCCGGAUUGUUGCUUACCACUGAAUCAUCUGCUGCCAAUUACCACGGCACGCACUGGAACAUCUUUUCUGCAGCUGCACUGAGGAACAGAUCCCAGCACCCCUUCAGCCAGCCCAGCCAUCUUCGGACCCAGCACCCCUUCUGCCAGCCCAGCCCUCCUCAGACCCAGCACCCCUUCUGCCAGCCCAGCCCUCCUCGGACCCAGCACCCCUUCUGCCAGCCCAGCCAUCUUCGGACCCAGCACCCCUUCUGCAAGCCCAGCCCUCCUCGGACCCAGCACCCCUUCUGCCAGCCCAGCCCUCCUCGGACCCAGCACCCCUUCUGCAAGCCCAGCCCUCCUCGGACCCAGCACCCCUUCUGCCAGCCCAGCCAUCUUCGGACUCAGCACCCCACUGCUAGCCCGCUUCUCUCUCUCACGCUCAGUCCACUGCGGCUUCCUUCGGUCACCGUGGUAUGGCAGUAA